AGUACGUGGGAGUUCCAUUAACCAAACAGAAACAGUCUAGGAUGCUUUGAGUGUUUUGUUGUUUGUUCCAACCAGUCAGGUUACCAUUAGUCGUCAAUGUACUGCUUCGAUUUGAGACAACAAGACUAACUUUAACACUAUUCAACUGUACGUUUUAUUACAAAUAACCCAAAAAAAUUUUCCGUUCAAUCCGGCCCAACGCUUUGCUAACAUUAGCCUACCAUUUGCAGCUGAUUUGCUAGCGAGAUUUAGUUUGUGUUAGCGUUCUGCCAGCUAGUUUCAUAUUUACUUAUUUUCUCUUGAAAGAUACCCUAACCUGGAAAUAAUGGCUGUUGUCAACGAAGGCGCCCUAAAGAAAAUGCUGAAGCAAUACAAAUACAGGGACCUGACUGUUCGUGAAAUCACAAAUGUCAUCUCUCAGUACAAAGACUUGAAGCCCGUAAUGGAUGGCUAUGUGUUCAAUGAUGGCUCUACAAGGGACCUGAUGAGUUUAACAGGAACAGUCCCUGUAAGCUACAGAGGCAACGUCUACAACAUCCCAGUGUGUCUUUGGUUGCUGGACACGUACCCAUUUAACCCACCAAUUUGUUUUGUUAAACCUACCAACACCAUGAUGAUCAAAACUGGUAAACAUAUCGAUGCCAAUGGAAAAAUCUACCUACCCUAUCUACAUGAGUGGAAGCAUCCUCAGUCAGAACUCUAUGGUCUCAUUCAGGUGAUGAUUGUGGUUUUCGGAGAGGAGCCGCCAGUGUUUUCUCGCCCUACCACACAAGCCCCUUACCAAGCUUUCCAAGCUGCUGGACCUCCUAAUGCUUCUUACGUACCUGCCAUGCCUGCAGUUUCACCUUAUGGGCCAAGUCCUAAUGCAGGAGGCUAUCCAGGUUACCAGUAUCCAGGCGGCAACUCUUACCCAGCUACUUCUGGUCCAACACACUACCCCACUCAGAGUCCCGUGUCCACAGUGGGCUCCAAUAGAGAUGGCACCAUUGGCGAGGACACGAUCCGUGCGUCGCUGAUCUCAGCUGUUAGUGACAAGCUUCGCUGGAGGAUGAAGGAAGAAAUGGACAGGGCUCAGGCUGAGUUGGAUGCCCUCAAGCGCACAGAAGAAGACCUCAAGAAGGGCCAUCAGAAACUUGAGGACAUGAUCUCAAGAUUGGACCAGGAAGUGGGCGAUGUGGACAGGAAGAUCGAGUUGCUGAAGCGCAAUGACGAGGAGCUGAGCGAGGCCCUGGAGAAGAUGGAGAACCAGUCGGAGAACAAUGACAUUGACGAUAUCAUUGUGCCGACGGCUCCCUUGUACAAACAGAUCCUGAAUCUGUACGCUGAGGAAAAUGCCAUUGAGGACACCAUCUUCUACCUGGGAGAGGCCCUCCGCAGGGGGGUCAUAGAUCUGGAGGUUUUUCUCAAGCACGUACGCCUUCUGUCCAGAAAGCAGUUUCAGCUCCGUGCCCUCAUGCAGAAAGCCCGUAAGACCGCCGGCCUCAGCGACCUCUACUGAGCGUCACUAACAGAAAGCAGACAUAUCUUCAAGCCCUCUGGUUCUCUUUCUUCUCCCUGUGUUGUAUCCCAUCUUUAAUGGGCAGUGCGGCUGUUUAGCCGCUCCUAGAUUUGCCCUUGUGACCUGCAUCAAACCAAAUGCUUCAGAGAUUUUCCGAACACAUGCGCACACGUCACCAUUAUGUGUGCUGUGGCUAUCUAUUAGCCAGGCUGCCUUGUUUGUUGAGUAAGCACAAAAUGUCGUGAGCUCGUGGUUAAGAGACACCCUACAUCAUGAAAAGGUUAAGCUCUGCUAUAAAUACCCAAAGCGGUUAACCUUAAGAAGACCCUUGAUUUAGUGCUGCAUGCAGCCUGAACCACUUUAAGAAAUAUUAUUAUUUUUUAAUUAUGUCUAUAUUUUAAUCCAUGAAACUGUUGUUUUUCAUUGUCAUGUUUGGACUCUGCCCACUUUCAUUGUACAUGUCAGCUGCUCAGGUUAGCCCUCCAGUUUGACUGUUUGGCUGCAUUAACAAAUCAUGUACAGUAGCUCUUCUACCCUGUGCAGUCUCUCUUGAUGACAUUUUUACCAAGGUAUUUUCAUUUUUGCUGUCUACUUUGUGAUUUCUGGUGAGAAGUUCGUUCUUUGUAUAAACCUUUCUUGUAAAAGUUUUUGAGUGUUAUAGGGUACAAAAGAUACUAAUCAAAUGUUAAGUUAUGACAACACCAUAUAAUUUAGCCUUCUACUAAAUGCACUUUGAAAUGUAUCAUAUAUCUGCUGAUAUUUUUGGUUUCCAAUUAAACCCUGGCUCAUCUUUUGUAUCUGUAGAGUUAUGUAAAUCUGUUCAAAUAAUAAAAAAAAUUGAUUUCAUGGCUUAACUCAAAUUUUUAUUUGGGAUAAAUGUCAACAAUUGUUGUACUAAGCCAAUGUUUUGGGGACAUGCAAACAAAACCUUACACCAGGAGUGUCAAACUCAUUUCUGUCGCAGGGCACAUCAUAUGGUUUUCCUCAGAGGGCCGUAGUGACUGUGAAUUAGAGCUUCAACAAUUAAAUCAGUUAUUCGAGAAAUAAUAGGUUAUCACAAUAAUCAACUAUUUUGAUAAUCGAUUAAUCGUUGAGGCCUUGUUUAGCUUAAAAUUGUCCAAAUCAUCAAAAUGUCAGCCUCUCAAACAGAUUGCUGUAGUCCUCCAUGAAAGCAGACUUGAUUAUCUUUUGUGUUUCAUCGUAAGUAUUUGCAAACAUCUGCUUUUACUUUUGAAAACACUGAUCAACAUCUUUGCCUAUUUUCUGACUGAUGUUUUGCACCAAACCAGUAACUCGAAACAUAUUCAAUUUAUGUUUAUGCAUUUUUGGCACUGUCAAUUUGAAAUUAUGUCCUGUUUUUUAAUGAAGGGAUAGAAAUAAAUUUUUCAUCUCAUUCAUUGAUUUAUCAAAAAAAACAACAACAGAUUAACUGAUAAAAUAAUUGUUAGUUGUGGCAGUAGUGAAUAUGUAUAAUAACCCCAUAUUAUUACAAAUACACAUCAGAUUGAUGGAUAACUAGUUUUGAAAACAGAAGCUAAUCAAAACUCUUUGACUAUUAUUCAAUUUAUUUUAGAAGUGGGACUGGUAACAAAACAGGCUUCCAAUUUUCCAACGUUAUUACUGGUAAAUGUUAAGAGAAUUUAUAAUUUUGGUAUUUUAGCAGGAAGUCGACGCAGAUGAUUUGCUUUCAUGGGCCACAUUACAUGAUGUAGCAGGCCAGAUCUGGCCCCGGGCCUUGAGUUUGACACUAUAUGCCCUCCACCAUUUUGCCAGGACAAAUAUGCCUGCAAAAUAUUUGUUUUUGAGUAUGGAAAUGCCUUUGUAAUGCCUGGAUGAAUAAUAAUGAUGAAAAAGCAAAGCAAUUUCAAGAAUGCAAA